GAAGUAUAAUCCUUUUGACAGUCUGCGCUGCGCCUGCGCCCUGUUUAGGUUGACCCUCGGGUGAAACUAUAAAAACCCCAAGUUCCUAGGAAGUCAUAUGACUGAUCUUUUCCAACAUGGCUCGAGCACUGUUGUUGUUUGUGUUUAUGUUGUCUGGUGUCUUUGCUGGACGCUACUUUAACGAGAAACAGCCAUGCUAUCGACCCAAGCUGACCAAGCACAAUGGAGUCAGGACGUUGCCUAGACCCCACAAGUUCCUGAAACUCAAUGAGCUCCCCAAGACGUGGGACUGGAGGAACAUCAACGGCACCAACUACGUCAGCACCACCCGCAACCAGCACAUCCCCCAAUACUGUGGCUCCUGCUGGGCACACGGCAGCACCAGCGCCAUGGCAGAUCGCAUCAACAUCAAGCGGAAGGGAGCCUGGCCCUCUGCUUAUCUGUCAGUCCAGAAUGUGGUGGACUGUGGUGAGGCCGGCUCCUGUCAUGGAGGGGAUCACUCUGGGGUGUGGGAGUACGCCAACAAACAUGGCAUCCCUGACGAGACCUGCAACAACUACCAGGCCAAGGACCAGAAGUGCAAACCGUUCAACCAGUGUGGAACCUGCACAACGUUCGGGGUCUGUAACAUCAUCCAGAACUAUACCCUGUGGAAGGUCGGAGACUUCGGCGCCAUCAAUGGGAGGGAGAAGAUGAUGGCUGAGAUCUACGCUGGAGGACCUAUCAGCUGUGGAAUCAUGGCUACUGACAAGUUGGACGCCUACACUGGAGGCCUGUACUCUGAGUACAUUGAGGAGCCCUUCAUCAACCACAUUGUAUCUGUUGCCGGCUGGGGCAUGGAUGAGAACGGUGUGGAAUUCUGGAUCGUCCGCAACUCAUGGGGAGAGCCAUGGGGUGAGAAGGGCUGGCUGAGGAUCGUAACCAGCGCCUACAAGGGAGGAAGUGGCAGUCAGUACAACCUGGCACUGGAGGAAGACUGCAUGUACGGAGAUCCCAUCGUGCCCAAGACCUACAUGUAGACAACAGGCAGUGGGACCAACCAAUGUUUCUUCUAAAGACCUGGGGCCUCCAUCAACUGUUGUGUAAAUUUCACACUAAAUAUAAAUAUUGAGAUUUUAAUGAAUCAGACCUGUCGUAAAACUGCACGCGUGAACGAGCGUUAACUCGACCUGAAAUGCCCUCAUUCACCUUUUUUAUGGUGACAAUAAGCCCUUUAUUUGCUGUAUAAAUUGGAACUAUUGGAAUUAGGCCACAGUUUUUAAAAGAAAGCACAAAUUUGAUCAAAUGUUUUUAGAGGUGUUGACAGAAUCUUAAUAGUUUGCAGUAACUUAUGCUGUAUUUGGCAAAAGACAGUUUCUGAAAGGGAAAAAAAGUGGCACAUUUUUGUGGACCUGUCAGUAGAAUGUUUGAAUUCAAUGUUUUGCAUAGACUCCCCCCCCCCACCCCACCUAAAUAUGCUGGACUUCCCGUGAAUUCUGAAACGUUGUCUAGUCUACUCUGAAACAUUUAAUUUAUGGUAAGCUACUGACAGUUCCAUAUUUACUUUCAUGUAAAAGCCUAUCUUAUAAACCGCACUGCCUAUGGGAUUGCAUGGGCUAUAUAUUUACUAGGCCCAUUUUAAAUGAUGUGCAUGGUAAUUUGUUGUAUGGCUAGCAUUCAGAAAAGGUGAGAAAUAUAUUCUGCAAUGGUUAUGAAAAUAAAAUAGGAAAUCAUUUCCUAAUUAUUUUAGAUUGCAUAAAACUAAACAUACCUAUUUGCUCUUCUAACAGCAAAUGGUUGCUCUUUUUAUGAAUAAGCGUGUCAUCAUAUCCACCAUUUGCACAAAAUACCAACUUGCCUGCUUGGAAUACCAGACUUCAACCACUACAAAAUGUGUGUUUGCAUGGAGGUAAGCACAUUUUCAGUUUUUUAUGAAUGCCAACUUUUGCAUGUAGGCAGCAUUGAUAAAUGAGGCCCCAGAAGCUGUUACAGAAUAGGCAGCAUUGUAUAUCUACAGUUUUCUAUGACAAUCUCAGGCUACUUCCACAUGGUACAAUUAGGAAAGGGGAAGUUAUUUAAAAAAAUGUUGCCUUGAUGUGCUUUUGGAUCUUUUUCUUAUACAAAAUGUUACUGAACAAGUACAAAUGCUGAUAUUAGGUGCACAAUUAGCUUAAGCUCAAAAGGCUAGGAAGAACUAAUUGUGGCUGUAAAUGUUGAAGCUUUGAUUAAUUCUGAUGCCACUUGUCUUUUGCUGUAUGCAAAUUUAACUGAAUGAUUUCAGUAUUCUGAAAGCAAGGCCAGGAUUCAAACAAAUGCACUGACAUCUCACUGCACUUGGCUUAAAGGUAAUUUAUGUUUGUCUUCAUGAGUUUCCACAGUUCAAUUUGUUUAGAUCCAGGCCUGUUACUGAAAUGUGUUUUAAUAGCUGAUACAUUUUCUGAACUACCACAAAAUGAAUGGUGGAUGUUGCUACGUGUGUAACUAAUAAAACCAACGUGUCAAGA